GGGCGGGGAGGCGGGAGCGGCCCCCGCAGAGCCGCCGGCCCGGCCAUGUGCCGACAGGGGUGGCUGCUGCCGGCUGCCUGCUCCGCUGCCGCCCGCCUCCUCAGCCUGCUUGCUGACGCUAAUUUUUAAUUUUUUUUUUUUUUUUAUUUCAUUUUUAAGAUUUUUUUUUUAAUUUUUUUUUUUUUUUUUUUAACACCGUUUAUUUUGGUAUUGAUGCUCUCCUAGCGGGAGACUUCGGGAGACGCGGUCCUCACCUGAGCGAGCCGGCCCCAUUCCCCCGUGUGAAGCUGUUAAUGGAGAAGAGGGCGGAUGACAGCCGGGACCGUGGUCAUCACAGGUGGAAUAUUAGCGACUGUCAUUCUACUCUGUAUCAUCGCCGUCCUCUGCUACUGUAGGCUCCAGUACUACUGCUGCAAGAAGGAUGAGUCCGAGGAGGACGAGGAGGAGCCCGACUUCGCCGUGCACUCGCACAUCCCUCCGCUGCACUGCAACCGCAACGUAGUUCUGACCAACGGCCCCUCCAUCUACUCCUCAUCCCCCUUCGCCAAAAAACCCGCCCAGGGCCGCCCCAGCUGCCCCAGCUGUGCUCCCUAUGAGCCUUCCACCUCUUUUCUCCAAGAGCCCCCAACCUCUUUUCUCCAAGAUCCUCCCACCUCCUUUCUCCAAGAGCCCCCAACCUCUUUCCUCCAAGAGCCCCCAACCUCUUUCCUCCAAGAGCCCCCAACCUCUUUCCUGCAGGAGCCCCCCACCUUCUUCCUGCAGGAGCCCCCCGAGGAUCUGCACAACGGGGGUGACAGGGUGAGCUACAAGACAGUGAGCCAGGAGGAUCUGGCACUGCCAGUGUCCAACCUGCAGGCGCUGAACCCCAACCGGCUCUCGGCCAUGCGGGAGGCGUUCUCCCGCAGCCGCAGCAUCAGCACCGAUGUGUGAGCUGGGAGCUGAGAGGUGUGUGGUGGGAGGUGGGAGGUGCCCACCCACCCCUCAGCAUCCCCCCGGGGUUUUGGACAGCGGGAAGGACUGGUUGGAAUUGGUGGUGGGGUUUUGUAAAGGGAAACAAACAAACAAACAAACAAACAAAACACACAAAAAGUGAAUGUAUUCCUACAGGCUGGAGGUGUAAAGGGGGAGCAGAGCAACCCCAAAGGGGUGCAGCUGGAACAGGAGGCUUCCUACUGCUGUGUUGCUUUGCUUUCUUUUUUUUCUUUUAUAAGAGGAUUUUGAUAUUGAGCAUCCUUUUCUACGGAGGAGUUGCCCCUCCUCAGCAUUCGGCCAGGGGAUGACGGGGCUCAUGGGUGGCUGAAAAUGGCUCGAGCUGCAGGUCAGCAGCAGCUGCUGGCACAACCUUGGGGCCCCGGGGUGCACUCACGUGCUCUCACACACCCCAAAAUGUCCUCUAGCAAAGCAAGGCUGUCACUGCCCACCCCUGUGGCAGCCUGUGCUGUGCUGCUCGCUGCUGCAGCCACGGGAGUGUGUGCACAGCCCUGCACCGUUCCCAGCCCAGCACACUCCUCCAGCCAGGUGUUAAUGCCCAGCUACAGCCAGGCACAGACCCCUCAGGGUUAGGGUGGUGGCUGGGCCUGGCCCUGGAGCCCCCCAGAGUGGCCUCAUGAGGGAGCUGGGCUGGGGGUGCAGAGCUGCUGCAUUGCUCAGCCAUGGGAAUAACUCACAGCACACUUUGGGGUGGAGGAGUGUGGAUAAUCAGCAUCCCUGCUCCAAGUAAUGCCAUCCACAACUUCUGACUGAGGGCUCCGUGGCACAGGGGUCACCAUGGGUGUGCCCACCCCUUGCAUGCACAGUUUUACAUACGUUUAUCUGUCUGGGAGGGGUUUUUUAAACAAAAAAAAAAAAAAUUCAAAAGACACUUUUCACCCAUCCAGGAUAGUGUCAAAACGCUUUUAAAUUUCACCAAAACUUCCAAUUUGCAUUUUCCAUUGACCACUUCCAUGGCCUGGCUGUGGCACCAGCUCUGUCCCACGCUGGAUCCAGCAGGGACAGCCCUGGCAGAGCAGCAGGCACAGAGCUGCUCCCCAGGCGUGUCCCUGUGCACCAGCUGUGCUGCAGAGGAGCCCUUGGGGUUACUCAGAGAUUUAGGAGAGGAGCUGCAGCACUGAGGGGCCUCCUGCCCCUCUGACCUCACCACACUCCAUGUGACAGAGCACCCUGCUUCUCCUGGACUGGGCAUUAUUCAGGUUAAAAGCAUCACCUGGGCAUGGCUGGCGAGGAUGGACUGGCUGCACAGAGACUCUGAUGGCCUCAAAGAGGAAUUUUCCUUUCCUAAAGAUGCUCUGGGAAGCAGCAGCCGUGGCUCCAGCCCCCUGGGCUCAUGGACACUGUUUGCAGCCCAGCUGGGUAUUUUACUUCGAACCACGAGGGCUUUUAAUUCCACAGGAAACCUUUUGAAGUACAAGUCAGUCUUUGCAAAUGAGUAUCUUGGAUUUUCUGGGGGGGUUCUGUUUGGGGUGGGGAGGGCUGGGGUUUGUUUCAUACGUGUUUAAUAUUCCAGGCUUGGUCCCUGUGGCCCAGCACAAUCCCUCUGCUCCAGAGGGAUGCAGCCACUGAGACCAUUCUGCCAUGUACAGUUCUCACUGGGGUUUGUUUCCCUGCCUUGAGCCCUUCUCUUCCCCUUUUUUGUGAUUUUCUCCUACCCAACCAUCCUUUCCUCCCUUUUUUCCUUGUUUCUUUCCCUUGUAGCUUGGAAAUAUCAGCAAACAGUUGGCUUUCCCUCACCUGGUGAUCUGUUGUACAGAACUUUGGGAAUCUCAGAUGGGGGAGGGAAAGAGUCAAAAAAGAAAAAAAAAAUUGAAAGUAAAUAAAUUACUUUGACAUGGGU